AUGAGUUCCAAAACAGUGCUCUCUCUCCUCAUCAACCUCUCCAAACAUGCUCAUCCCUCUCCAACCACCUUCGGAGAUGCUCUCAGCUGUCUCGCCACUGCUUUCUCCCAACCGAAACCAUUAUUCCAAUCGAAUGAGUUGCUCAUCGCAUCGUCUGCCGUUUCCAAGUCAAUCCCUCUCCUGGAUUCUGCUAUCAAACAAUUGGAUAUUGGUAUGAAUAUCGAUAGAAGACAGGAUGCUCAGAAAGUUCUCUCCGGAUUGGUUUACAUUUCUGAAGAAUUGGAAAACGAGGCAGGGCUCCGGGAGCUCAUCAAUUCUAGACAUGUCAAGUCUAUCAUUGGAUUUAUUGAGAAUACGGAAGGUGUGGAACCGGAAAACGUGGAAUGGGAGGAAGUGGACUUGACAGGAAUACCGAAAUCUCAUUAUUGGUGGUUUGAAUCGAAUGAAUCGAAUGAAUAA